CCGAAGCGGGCGCGGGAGGCCGAGAGGUGGCUUUAGGGCGCAUGCGUUGUGGAGAAGCUGAGAGGCUCUGUGUCUAUGGUGGGCCGUGAAGGGUAGAGCGGCUGCGGAGGAAACCAGGAUGGCGGCGUUGAGCGUUCGCCGCCUCUUUCUGCUCCCCGCCUGCGUCCUCCGCUCGUCGAAGUGCUGCUACCGCGGGGACUCUCCCUCCGACUCCGGGCGGGAUCUGCUGGAGAUCCCUCUGCCGCCUUGGCAGGCUCGGCCCCACGAAGCCCCGGCGAGGAAGCGCGCGAGGCUGCUGUACGAGAGCCGCAAGAGGGGCAUGCUGGAGAACUGCCUCCUGCUCAGUUUCUUUGCCAAAGAGAAUUUGAAUCGAAUGAAUGAGCAACAGCUAGAUCUUUAUGAUCGCCUGAUUAAUGAGCCCAGCAAUGAUUGGGAUAUCUACUACUGGGCAACAGAAGCAAAGCCUGCUCCAGAAAUCUUUGAAAAUGAAGUCAUGGAGAUGCUUAGAGAGUUUACCAAAAACAAGAACAGAGAAAAGAGACUGCAACAACCAGAUCUUGAGUAUCUUGUUGAAGCUUCACACUGAUCUUGUGGUUUCUGGAGAAGGCCAUACAUUCUUGAAACCUAGAAGCACACACUGUGGUAUUUAGGCCUCUUGAGUCCCACUCUUGUGAAAUAUUUCCUGAAUGGUCUGUUUUCCAUGCUUUGCUUAUCUAUAAUAAAGCUUCAGUGAUGCGGUCCUUUA